UUGUUCACUGGAGAGAUCCCUCGGCAGCUUGGAAGCUUGGACAAGCUAACAAUUUUGAAUAUCUCUCAUAAUAAGCUGUUUGGUUCCAUUCCAUCUACUUUCUCUCAAAUGCUCAGCUUGAUUAUCAUCAAUGUAUCCUACAAUGAGUUAGAGGGUCCUCUACCUGAUACUAAAGCCUUUCAAAAUGCUUCAAUGGAAGCUUUCAUUCACAACAAAGAUUUGUGCGGCAAUGUCACAGGUUUGCGACCUUGCAUUUCUCCAUCAACCAAAAAGCAAACCCCAAAACAGAGCCACAAAACCAUGCUUCUUAUCAUAUCUCUCAUAGCAGUAUUGUUGUUUCUUCUAUUUGCAUUUCUUGGGGGAACUGUUUUUAUAUUUUGGCCGAAGAAUGAGAUGCAUAAAUGAGGAGGAGGACCCAAUUACAAACCAACAACGUAGAGAUAUGUUUAUGAUAUGGAACUAUGAUGGAAGGAUAGCAUACCAAGACAUCAUUGAAGCAACUGAACAAUUUGACCCCAAGUAUUGCAUUGGUGUGGGAGGACAUGGAAGUGUUUAUAAAGCAGAGUUGUCAUCAAGUCAACUGGUAGCUAUUAAGAAGAUCACCUCUUCUUCAGAUGACGACGAGAUUUCUGAUCAUGAAACUUUCAGAAAUGAAAUUCUUAUGAUGACGGAAGUGCGACAUCGAAAUAUCAUGAAGUUGUAUGGUUUCUGUUCCCACGUGCGGCACUCAUUUUUGGUUUAUGAAUAUGUGGAGAGAGGAAGCUUGUCUAAGAUCCUAAGCAUGGAUGAAGAAGCGGUAGAAUUGGAUUGGACUAAAAGGGUUAAUAUCGUUAAAGGUGUAGCCCAGGCUCUAGCUUACUUGCACCAUGACUGCUCACCACCAAUCAUUCAUCGAGACAUAUCAAGCAACAAUAUUUUGUUGGAUUCAGACUUUGAGCCUCAUGUCUCAGACUUCGGCAUUAGUAGAUUUCUAAAGCCUGAUUCAUCCCAUUGGACAACUCUUGCAGGAACAUAUGGAUACUUUGCUCUAGGUUCUCUCUCUCUCUCUCUCCAUCAAUGUGUAAUAACUUUAGAAUGCAUUAAUACCUAG